AUGCCCCGGAAUGCCGUCGCGUUGAUGCCCAUGUUCCGACCAAAUUGGAUCCCAAGCAGGCGUUUCAACGGCGGAAUGGAGCAUGUGCAAGCCUUCCGUUCCUUGCCUCGCAAUAUGCUAGAAACUCCGUCUUACGAGGGCGACCAUUUGAUCGCCGAGUGCGUCUACAACAGUCGGAAGCGGAAUUCAAUCACGCUUGGCGGGUUCUCCACCAGAGAGGAGAUGUGCUUGAUUUAUGCCUUUUACUACCCGAAGGCUCCGCUGUCGGUGUGCUACUCCCUGCCCAGUCAGAAGACGGUUUUCGAAUCGCUGGGCAUAACGGAACUAUAUCCGGCGACGGACACGACCCCGGUUCGAAUCAAGAAUCCGCCAGCAUUGAGAGACAUGACACUGGAGGAGCGUCUGUUAACUUACGACUGGAAGCGAAACUUCGGGCACUUCCAAGACGUCACUCGCCGAGGUGCUUUUAAGCCCAUCUGCUUCCUGGGUAGCGAGGCACUCAUGACAGGGAGCGAGAAGAAGGAUUACUUCACCCCGCGGGUGACGGACACAGCCCAGAAGCAGAGUCCGUGCGCCAAGACGGCGGACAAGAUGCGGAAGAUGCCGAAAUGGAUGAUCAACGACGACAGCAGCGUGUUCGGGGACGACGCGGGCAGUUCCCGAAGUCCGGUACACAAGAACUCGUACCCGGGCCCAGCGGAGGCGGUGCAGUCCUCAGCCAAGUCCCUGUGCUCCCCGUUGCUGACGUACUCGGCGAUCGUGUUCUCGCUGGGCGCCGUUCGUCUACACGCCGCCAUGCGAGAUCCGUCUUUAUUUUCCUUGCCCAGCGGGUGAAAACGAUGAGAGAAAUCCUAAUCCUUUCGCGAAAGAGUCUGAACCGAGUCUUCCUGCGUCAUCUAUCCUAGCCCCUCGUUUAGUUUCUCGCCGCCUCUUUUUUAUUUUAAUAUCGAGAACGGAGUCGGAAGAAGGAACCGGAGUUCCUUCGUCACCUUCUUUUUUCCACCUGCACAGAUACGCUUGUCCGUCCGGGUGUCCCCCCUUCCUUAGAUUUCGCGUGGGAGCCGGUCGCCGGAAGCCCGAGUGUUCCCUCGUACCUGAUGCAUGCGAAGGACGGACCGCUUCCUUCUCCGAACUCGGGACACGUACGGAAAGAAAUUUGGUGGAUGUCGUCGGUGGAAUUUUCUUUUGAGGAAUGGGAAACAGUCAGAUGUGAUUACCCUGUUUCCCCGGGCUUAUGGUCUCGUGAUACUCUUCGAGUACUCUGUCUUUCGUAACAUUUUUCGUCUCCUAAUCGAAGGGAGGAGAAGCGUGUUGCACGAGCUCGCACCUGGUAUCUCCAAGGGAAGAGUCGAUCUCAAGUGUACAGAAAGUUUCUCCCUCGGGAUUUUUUUGUUUUGUUUUGUUGUGUUUUUUUUGCCUCCUUUCCCUGGAGCUUGCAUCUGUCCUCGAUUCUCAUUUUCUUCAGUGACCCACCCGGGGAAGAGUGGUUGAGUGGGAUGAGAGUGGAAGGAUUUCGUGUAAGCCUUGAGCAGAGAAUGUCACUUUUUUUUUUUUUUUAAUCAGUCUGUGAUAUCAUAGAAUUGCUUAUGAAGUAAUCGACGUGUAACCCCUGGACACUUGAUCCCUUCAUUGUUUUGUAAUUUGGAGAGAUAUGGAGGGCGAUGAACUGUGACGUACCUUGCACAAAAUAGAAAGGAAAAUAAAACCCGUA